CCGCCCUCUCCGCCAUUCCUCUAAUGGCCGCUUCCAGGAAGGCUCCGUCGCGUGGGACCUCUUAGCCUCAGCGCCCCAACUCCGGGAAGGGGCAGCUUCCAACCGGAAUCGCUCCACACGCACAUCCUUCCUUUGAAACCUUCAGCCCUCAAGAUCCGGAGAUAACCUGGAAGAUCCCAACAUCAUGACCUCAGUUUCAACACAGUUGUUCUUGGUCGUCAUUUCACUGCUUUUGGUGCUGCCGGUGGUUGAAGCAGUAGAAGCCGGAGAUGCUAUCGCUCUCCUGUUAGGUGUGGCUCUCAGCAUUACAGGCAUUUGUGCCUGUUUGGGCGUCUAUGCACGAAAGAGGAAUGGACAGAUGUGAUUUUGAUGGGCCUUCUGAAUCAGACCUUGCCCGGAAAACUUCUGUGUUAUUGAGGUUAAAAACUGAGCUUUAGUGUCUAGAAGAUCCCACGAAAUAGGGUAUUUUCACAUUCUUAAUUAUCUCCGUUGUAAGUGGGAACAAACUGAUACCUGUUCAGUGGGGGGGGGGGUAGUUUUCAUCACAACAAAUAAUAGACUGAAAAAAAGCAGUCUAUAAUUCAUAUGUUCUAGUUAGAAAAAGGGUCAAAGAAGUCAGAUGACUGAAAUUUUCAUAUUAUUUCAUAGUUUCAGAGUUUUCAAAGUGAAACAGGAAGCAGGAAACCCUUACCCAGAAUCCUAGGAAAUUGCCCGUGCCUCCUCCCAUCACUGAGGAGUCUUUUCUCCAUAUUUUUAUUAGUUUUUCGUUUUGUUAUCUCCCAAAUUAAUAUUGUAUUUAGAUAUUAAAUACAGUCAGAUUAAAAUUUUUAUUUCUUGGGGGGAGAAGAAAAAUGUAUUCAAUGUAUCUAAUGUUGAAAUGGUGAAAAUAUUUAAUGUAAAAAAGUUACUUUAUAUUGACAUUGAAAUGGAGACGAGAUUUAAUGUAAAAAAAAAAAGCUUUAUAUUAACUGAGUAACAUUUCCAUCAUGAGAAGUACUAUGUUAAAUAUAAACCCAUUAUGUUUUAA